GAGCCUGCUGCGGCCGAGCCUGAGUCUGCGUCUGCCACAGGGAAGGCAGUGUUGGGGGAGCCGCUUAGUGCUUCUGAUGCUGCUGCUGAUGCCGCUGCCAAUGCUGCUGCCGAUGCUGCUACUGAUGCUGCUGCCUGAUGCUGGUGCUGUUUUCGAUGCGGACUACUGCUGCCUGAUGACAACGACGAUGAGAACGACGAGGACCUAUCGGGACUAUCGAAGGAGGAGCUGGGGAGGCGGAUUGCCUCCCGAUGGGCGCAUGGGGAGGACGGACCCGGGGGGGCGGAGGUUGGGGGGAGGAGGGGAAGGGGGGAGGGGGGGUGGGGAAGGGGAGGGAGAAGGGAGUGAUGGGGCUGACUUGGGAGGGGAUGAUGGGUUGGCGUAUGAUGAUGGGGACGAUGACAAGGACUAUGACGACGUGGAGCAUGAUAAUCAUGACGAUCAUGAGGUUGACCAUGAUGAUAAUGGUGAUGAUGGUGGUGAUGGGCAUGAUGCCGUCGAUGAUGAUGCGCUGGAGGACAACGAGGACUUUCCCUCCCAUGACCGAGCAGGAGGACGAUCCUUGGCGCGAUGCAUCAGCGCCCUCUGCCUCCUCGCCCCCAUCCUUCUGGGACAAGGCGAAGCAGGUGUGGUCGCGAGUCUCCUCCCUCGUCUCCACCAAACCAGCACUGUCGAUCAAUGAAACGGGUAAGACGACCUGCUUGCAGUGCGUUCAGAGUACAACAGGGUGUCAUCGCAGCUCAGCAAGACGAGUGGGCGGCUUCGCACAGUCAAGGACAAGCUCGAGAAGGAUCUGG